AUGCUGCCAACAACCUUCCUCCUCUCAGCACCUGUGUUCGCCGCUGGUGUGAUUAGUGCACCAGCCGAGCUGACUCGUCGCACAAGCAGGACCAGCGCACCAUCGGGCUGUCUCACUGUUGGCUCCGGCGGGACAUAUUCGACCAUUGGGGAUGCACUUGACGCAUUGGGCUCAUCUACUUCAUCGGCAUGCAUCUAUGUUGCCAGCGGCACGUACACAGAGCAGCUCACGAUCAACUAUGCCGGUGCUUUGACCCUGUAUGGACAGACCGCGGAUACGGGAACGUAUAAGGAUAACACGGUGACUAUCACGCACACAAUUUCGUCGGCAGACGCGGGCAGUCUGGAUAAGAGCGCUACUGUCAACGUGGUCUCUGACGGGUUCACCAUGUACAACAUCAAUGUCGCGAAUGGAUAUGGACAGGGCGCGCAGGCUGUUGCACUUGUUGGAAACGCCGACCGGCUCGGUUUCUACGGUUGUCAAUUCACUGGGUACCAAGAUACUCUGUACGCCAAGUCAGGAACCCAGUACUACUCUAACUGCAUGAUCGAAGGGGCUGUGGACUACAUCUUUGGCGACGCCUCUGCUUGGUUUGGCGAAUGCGACAUUGUGUCCAAUGGUGGGGGCGCAAUAACCGCCAACUCGCGUGAGGAAUCCUCAGACACAAGCUGGUACGCUAUCGACAACUGCAACAUCAAACCCGCAUCCGGCAUGGACCUGGAUAGCGAGGUGUAUCUUGGUCGGCCCUGGCGCGUACUUGCACGGGUGAUCUACCAGAACUCGGAGCUGGGGAGCCUUAUUAAUGCGAAGGGGUGGACGACGAUGGCGGACGGGGCCACGCCGUUGUAUUAUGAAUAUAACAAUUCGGGGGAUGGGUCGGAUACCGCGGAACGGGAGUAUGAGACUUCUAUUUCGGCGGGUGUGACGAAGACGACGGUGUUGGGGAGUGAUUAUAAGGAUUGGAUUGAUUCGAGUUGGUAG